GAAGUGUGCUUGGACUACAGAAAGCAGCAGUAUGAAGAGUAGUGUGCAGCUAGGGCUGUUGUGUCUCAGCCUGCUCAUCUUCAGUCUUCAUGGAGAAGAAGAAGUCGAGACAGAUUCAAGCAUGCAAAACCCAAUUAAGUUUGAUGAGCCGGAUCUUCAUCAGUUUGAGAUGUACAGAGUACGAAGACAGACGGUCUCCACAGAGAAGGAAAAUACAGCAAAGACAGUAGCUGUUGUGCCACCAAGUGAGAACAGCAAGGCUAAGAGAAAACGGCCACGUCCAGGAGGUCUUACUCCUUUAGGAGACAGUGGAGAUUCAACGAGCCAGGACAAAAACAGGAAUAACAAACAGAAAAAACGUCCCGGGAGUCAGAGCCUUUUAGCAAUCAGUGGAGUUUUCCAGCUGCCCCAACAGACUGCCAAAGCCAAGAGAGAUGCCGGAGGAAAAAGGCCCUUGCCAGAAAGUUAAAGCAUUGUACAUGUUCAAGGCUCCUUCUGAGGUUACCUGAAUUAGGAAAAAUAGGAAUUGCAAAUAAAUACAUCACCAUGUUUCAUAAAGAGUGUGUCAGGCUCAGGUUAUGCAUGUGAUAAUCAUUUAUAUUUCUAUAGCUUUUCUUUUCCAAGUAUAUUUUAAGUAAUAACCUGUAUGGAAAAUAAAAGGAAUUUACCGAAUUCUCCCCCAGUGUAAUUCGUAUUGGCAUCACUAGGGGGCAAUAUUUACACAAGCGAUAGGCGCUCGAACCAGCUUGGCUUCUGUUAAAACAAAAUGUUUGAUAUCUGUUUAUCUUCAUCUCUUAAUUACAAUAAAGCAGUUGUGUUUAAAAAUCACUCUUUUAUUGUGUGGAGCCAGUGCAAAACACUGUAGAUUUUAUAUGUAGGCUUUCUAUAAAGUUUUGGCUGUAAUGCCUUUUUUGUGAAGGAACUGACAUGUUGAUAUUGUCAAGCUUAAAUAGUCUGUGUGUGUUGAUAGAUUCUGUAGGAUACAAACUGCACAACUAUUAGUCCUCUUUUGUAUUUGAGUAGUUCUGCCAGUUUAAUGUGCCAGAAAUGUUGUUAGCCUGAAAAGGCAUACAAAAUGGUAGGCCUAUGUUUUGUGCCAGGAAUUUGUCAACACAUUAGUGGUCAAAAGUAAAUAGAAAAGCAACACCCGUUCUUCCUUAUCUGCAUAAUCAUUGAUAAUAGCAUAACAUUUUUGCAUGUUUCAUUUUGUUGUUAUUUAAGCAUCUUAAGUUCUGGAACAUUUAGUUUGAGAUCACACAAGGCCAGUAUUACCAUUGCCUUCACACUGAGACCCAAAAAGUAACCACAAGCAACCAUGCAAAAACAACGAUUUGCACUUACGUACAAUGUAAGUAGUGCAGUUGUUAGACUACAAAGUGAACAGCACUUUUUUCUAAAAUGUAAAAUUUGCAAUUACCCAGACCAUAUACUAAAGCAAAACAUAACAUAACAUUACAUAACAUAAAACCAGUUUUAAAUCAAAUAAAUUGUGUGCACAAAUUAUUUUAAAUAAAUAAAUAAAUACUCAAAGAAACCUUGCUUCAAAUAAAUAAGUUGUGGCAGUGCAUUACAUUUAUGUCAUGUGCUGCUCUCUGAUCAUCUUUUUUUUAAAAGGCAUGUUUGUAGACUCUUGCUGGAACCACACGAGAUCAGAUACGUUCACAGUAUGUUUAGGUGUGGGAGCAAAGCUCUGCAUGCAUGAGUCACAGUAAACAGACUCUGUUCUCACAGGAAGAGCAGACAGAAACAAUCUACUCUGCCUUCAGGCAAAACCCUGAAUCUUUCAAGAGCUUUAGAAGAAGAAUGGAGACCUCAGAGGAACACUAUUACGACUACCCCGAGUAUGAAAACAACAGCUCCAACUUCAGCUACGAUGACUAUCAGACCAUCUGUGAGAAGGGCGACGUGCGCUCCUUCGCGAGGAUCUUCCUCCCAGCUGUUUUUGUGUUAUCUCUAGUGAUUGGUUUAGCAGGCAACGCUCUGGUUGUGGCGGUGUAUGCAUACUGCAAGCAACUGAAAACGAUGACUGACACGUUUAUACUUCACCUGGCUGUGGCCGACCUUUUGCUGCUCCUAACGUUGCCCUUCUGGGCUGCCGAUGCCGUCCACGGGUGGGAGCUCGGGGUCACCGUCUGUAAACUCGUAUCUGCCCUGUACACCAUCAACUUCACCUGUAGCAUGAUGCUGCUGGCCCACAUCAGCAUGGAUCAGUACUUGGCUUUGACACCAGGAGCCAGAAACACAGGCAUUAUGCGUGCUUUUCAAAAGAAGCAUUGUGUAAAACUCUGUUUGGUUGUCUGGACCAUUGCGUUUUUUCUUGGCGUCCCUGAUUUGGUGUUUUCAACAGUCAGAGAGCUUCCUCAUAAAAAAAGCUGCAUCGCAAUGUAUCAAUCGGACAUGGCGCUCAGGGCUAAAGCUAGUUUGGAAGUGGUGGAGGUCGUAAUAGGCUUCUUGCUACCUUUAUUAGUGAUGUUGUUCUGCUACACUUGUGUAGGCCGAACCCUACUGAAGCUCCCUCAGGAGAGGAGGUGGAGGAAGUGGAGGUCCAUCCGUGUGCUGCUGGCGAUGGUGGGCGUCUUUGUGGUCACGCAGCUGCCCUAUAAUGUGGUCAAGUUCUGCCGGGCUAUGGACGUCAUGUACACGUUUGUGACUCACUGCGGGGUUAGUAAAGAGCUGGACAAGGCUACUCAGGUCACAGAGAGCCUGGCAUUGACACACUGCUGUCUAAAUCCUGUUCUGUACACUUUCGUCGGCUCCUCCUUCAGACAGCAUGUAUUGAAGUGUGCCAAAGACUUUGGAGAAAGGGGAAGGAGGUUGGCACGUAUGAGAGAGCAACAAGAAGUGGAUAUCUCGUUGAAUUCUCAUUCACAGUCCCAAGAGACCAGCACUUUUUCCAUCUGAGCAAAAUGAAGAGCAUAUGUUUACUAGCCUGUGGAGCUAUGCACAAUCUGCUCCUUUGCAAAAUAUGUACACAUUUACAGGGAAAAAUUAGUGAAAACAUAAGGCAGUAUUUUGACCAGAACAGUAAAAUUCUAACUGAAAUAAAAGCUAAGAUGCAAGAUGUCGAUAGUUGGGUUUAUACGAAACAAAUGGGAAAAGAACAAGUCCGCGGAGUGAUACGAGAGAUACAGAUGCAAGAUAUCUCUUGUGCAUAAUAUUUAACAAGAUUUUCUUAACUCUACAUUUACAAAAUUAUGAAUAAAGAAGAGUUUCUACUCAUAGGCUAAUUAUGACUUUGUGUGUAACGUUAUGACUUUGUGACGUUCAUGUUCGUUUAAUAAAUACAACCUUUCCCACAUGACUUGAAAACACCUUGAUAAACAUCAUUGCCAAAGAGAACAGUGAAUAUAGGCUAAUGGUAUGUUCAAGUCCUCCUGAAGUUCGUAUUUACGAGUUGGCAUGUCCGUCAGGUGCCUUCAAGUUACUUUGGUCAGAUGGCGAUGCAUCUUUUCUAUUGUCAGGGCCGUCCUUAGAGGGGUACAACUGGUGCGGUCGCACCAGGCCCCCGCGCUUGAGGGGGCCCCACGGCGAACGGCCAACCACUCCCACCCCCCACAGAACGCGAUUGCGAAUGGACCGAGGGGUGCCCCGCUCCCUACCUCGCACCAGGCCCCGCGUCAGCUACGGACGGCCCUGUCUAUUGUAAUAAUUUUUUUUUUUAAAUAAUAAUAAUAAUAA